CAAACUCCCGCCCCAUACCCCACGGCCUUAACCCAAACUAAAAUGAUCUAUACUUGCAUGGUCUCUAUAUAUUCUCAUAGACUCGAGUACACUGACACAUAUUUAAAAAAUUAGAAACCCUAAAAUUAGUGUCAUCCAAGGCUUUCGGUUGAGCAAUUCCAGUGAAAGAUCGUCGUGGGAGCUACAAAGCAUUCAAACGGAUUCGAAGAGCUAGAUCUGCCUUGCUUUGAAAACACUGGUUGAAACAAAUCAUCCCAUUUCCAUAACCAAAAUCAAAAUGUCAGACAACAUACCGUUCGAACUCCAAGUGGAAAUUAUGAAGAGGCUUCCCGUGAAAUCCUUGAUUCAAUUCCGAACCGUCUCAAAGGCAUGGAAGUCUAUGAUCGACAGUUCAGUUUUUGUUGCUGAUUAUAGGACACAAGCAAAACAUAUAUUUUUACGGUAUGAUGAUAUAACGGAUCUCAGCCUAAGAUACGUUUCAGUUGUUGACGACGAUACUUUCCCCAGAAAUAGAGUUUUUCUGACUCCUCCCCGAUUGGUUACGGAGCGUGAGUAUUUUAGAAUAUUGGGCUACUCUCACGGCUUGUUUUGUUUCUAUCCAGGUAGCCCCGUCACUGGAAGGGGCAAGGCUCUUAUUUGGAAUCCAUCUGUUAGAAAAACAGUUGAGGUUGUUGUGCCUAAUGUGGCAGUUGGGGAAACAUAUGAAACCGUUGUAGGUUUCGGGGUUUGUCGUGUGACUAAUGACCCUAAGAUCGUCAAGAUCACACAUGUUGUUAGUUGGGAGGAUAUAGAGAGUGCACGUUGCAUCCCCUGGGAAGUUGAGGUUUUUACACUAAGCACAGGGGCAUGGAGAAGGCUUGGUGGCAAUCUCCCUCGUAAAUUGGUCCGCUUUCAGUUUAAUACGGCUUUUGAUUGUUGUUCGGUAGUUGUAGAUGGGGUUAUAUAUUGGUUUGCUACCGAUAGGAAUACCAUGAAUGGUGGGUCUUGUCAUCUGCUUAUAUCAUUUGAUAUAACAAGUGAACAAUUUGGAGAAGUAAACCUCCCAAAUAGGUUAGCACAUCCCCCGCCUGAACGUUGGUUCAUCUUGUUAAAACCAAGGGAGUCUCUUGUUGUGGUUGACAAUGAGUGGGAGGACGAUAGAAGGGUGUAUGAUGUAUGGAUGAUGGAGGGUGGUGUUUCUAAAUCGUUUACAAAGCUUUCCACUUUUAGCUGUCAGACAGAUGAUUAUGUAACACCAAUGGUAUUCAGAAAGAGUGGUGAACAUAUAAUUGAAAUUGUAGACGACCAAUAUGCACAUCUUGUUGCUUAUAAGCCCCGUUCAAAGCAGAUAGAUGAUCUUGGGAUUGAGGGGUGGUUCGGUACAUUUUUUAUGCAUCCCUACAUAGAAACACUAUCUCUGCUUGAUCAGCCGACAGCUCGUAGUGAUUCGGAUGGUGAUUAAAUUUGGGCUUGGGUCUUUGGGUUGCAAUUCAGGAGGGAAACCAAUGAAAAACAUGCCUUCUGGUGCCUUACAAUUUAAUCUAGAUUACUAUAAACUGUUGUGUGUUGUCGAUGUAUUAAAACCAUGGACUAUAAUAGCAUUUUCAGGUGAUUCAUUUUCGAUUAUAUGUAACCAACCAUGAAUGAUUGAAUUUGAUGAUAUUACAUGGUUAAACAACUUGAUUUUAUGGCUGAAAUGAACUAAUUUAAACC